AGCAGAAGAGGGCGCAUGCGCCUCCCGCCGCGCCUGCGCGGACGCGUCUCGAGCGAGCCCAGCCUGGCGGGGCGGCCGAAGCGGGCGGGGACUCCCCAUUGGCCCAAAGGCAGCGCCGCCCCGCCCCCUGUCAGCCCCUCCUUUCCCCCCGCGCGCGCGUGCGCAGUAAGCGCCCGUGGCCUAAGUGGCCCGGCUGCGGGUGGAGCCUCCGUCCUGCCCAGCCGCUUUGCUGUCGCGUCGCCUGGCCGGGUUGACGUGGCCGGGCCCGGCGCGGAGAUGGCGGACGACAGCAGGCAGAACAAACUGGCGGCGGCUAAGAAGAAGCUGAAAGAAUAUCAGCAGAAAAACAGCCCUGUGUCCGCAGCGGGGGCCAAAAAGAAACGGAGAAGUAAAGAAGCAAGCCGCCCAGAGACGCCUGUUAGUGAUGGAGUACAAUCUCCUGAAAACAUUGAGAACCUUCUGAAGGCGCUGGUGUCCGACUUCAACUGCUCCAAUGGGGUAGCCAUACCUACAUUGGACAAGUGGAAGGCCCACAACGAUGGCGACAUAGCCGCUGGCGUCUCCUUGCUGUCUAACAGCAAAGACGUGUCUGCCUGUGUUGCUCUAAACCCCGGGCAGCUGUCACAGAUCGGUGACGCUGAUCGUAAUACUGUGUUGGACGAAAAUAGGUCUCUCUCCACAACGGAGAGCCUCCGCAAGCUCUCUGAACAGUUAAACGGCAUGGUCAGCCAGACCACAACUUACAUCAACGGAGAAAACAUCAUGCCGUCGGCGGACAUGAAAGAGAUGGCGACUCGUUACCAGGAGCUGGCAGUAGCUUUUGACUCCAGCAAUUUAACAAACAAACAACUCAGUGCAGAGAUAGAGGAAUUGAAACAACAGAACCAAGAAGUUGUGAAUGAAUUGGAGAAGGAGAAGAAGGGCUUUGAGCAGAGAUUUGCGAAGGAGCAGGCCACCCUACGAGAACAAUUACAGGUCCACAUUCAGACCAUUGGCAUCCUGGUCUCUGAGAAGUCUGAAUUACAGACAGCCCUCAGCCACACACAGCAGGCCGCCCGGCAGAAAGCAGGGGAAGCUGAGGACCUGGCCGCUAGGCUGCAGUCAUCCCGCCAGAGAGUCUCAGAAGUGGAAUACACUCUCUCCUCUCUCUCCGUUCAGCAGAAGCAGACCGAGAAACACAACAAAGAGCUAGCGAAGGAACGAGAUAACCUCAAACUGGAACUGUAUAAGCAGAGUAAAACCAACGAAGAACUCAAGCAGCAGACUUCGGAGUUGUCCGAGAAACUGCGCAACCUCAUCUCUGAAAAUUCAGCCAUGAAACUGGACAUGGAAGAUUUGCACAAGAAACUGGAAAUGGCAGAGCUGGUGAUUCAGCAGUUUUCAAGCCAACCAGGAAUCUCAGAUGCUACUGCUCAGCAGCUUCAGGCCGCCCUGGAAGAAAGAGCCAACUUAGAAAGCCAAAUCGCCCAGCUGUCGGAGUCUCUGCAGAAGCUGCAAGCCGAACGCGAUCAAUACGUCCUGCGCCUGAAGGAGGAAGGCAACAUCUGGCAACAGCGAGUCGAGCUCCUCUCCGAACAGGUCCGGACGCUGAUGGGAGAGAAAGAACUUGGCGAGAUUCGAAUUGGGGAGCUGGAGACCAACCUCUCGGAGCUGCUCAGCAGUCAGUCAGCGGUGAAGGCCCAGGAAACCCAGCCCGUCCCUGCUGCCCCGGGGCCUUCGCCAACGGAAGUGCGCCUUCAAGAGGAGCUGGCCCGGCUGGAGAAGGAGAAGGAGGAGCUGCUGGAGCGAUGGCAGACCCAGGUGCGAGACAACGGGCAGCUGAGCCAGCUCAACCAGGAGCAGGAGGAGCGGCUCCAAGAGCUGGAGAAGGCCUUGCAGCGCUACAGCGAGGAGGCCGUCGACAAGCAGCAGAUCUUGGAGAACAUGCAGAGCGACAAAGCCACCAUCAGCCGGGCUUUGACUCAGAACCGAGCUGAUAUUCAAUGCAAUGCAAGUCUCCGAAGACUCAGGGCGGCUUACACUACCAACGAGAACAUGGAGAUCGCAAGUGCCUUGCAGUCUGAACAGCACGUGAAGAAGCAGCUGGCCAAGAAACUGGGAGAACUUCAGGAGAAGCUGGUGGACUUUAAGGAGAAGAUGGCGCUGAAGACCCACGAAGCUCAGGACUUCCAGGACCAGAGGGACCAGUAUUUGGCCCACCUCCAGCAAUACACCGCAGCCUAUCAGCAGCUGACCGUUGAGAAGGAGGAGCUACACAAAAAGUAUCUCCUGCAAACCCAGCUCAUGGACCGUCUGCAGCACGAGGAAGUCCAAGGCAAGGUGAACGCCGAAAUGCACUUCAAAGAACUUCAGAAAGCUAAGAAAACCCUGGAAUCCUUUUCUAAGGAGAACAAGGAGCUUCAAGCCCAGGUCACCCAACUCAUGGCUGAACUGGACGAAAGGAUGCUUCCCAGGGCCCAAGGGGAUGGAGUGGAAGCGGCCGAGUUUGUGGACUCGAGGACUUCUCAGCUCAGCAUUCCGGAGGAUUUCGAGAGUAAAGAGGAAAUGGUGGCUUUCUUGACCUCCGCCGUGUCCCAAGCGGAGGGCGAGCGCGAAGAGAUCAGACACCAGCUGAUGGAAAAGAAAAGACAAUGCAGGGAGCUGUUGCAGCAGAUAGCUAGCCUCAAGAAGGAGCAGCAGCUGCAGCUCACGUCCACAGGAGGCUCCGAUGCCGAUUCGGUUCCAGGAGAAGUUCACGAAGCCUUGAAAAGCGCCAUGGAGAAGCUGCAGCUCCGGUUCACGGACCUGAUGCGCGAGAAGGCGGAGCUGAAAGAGCGCAUGGAAGAACUGGAGCACCACUGCAUCCAGCUGUCCGGAGAAACGGACACUAUAGGCGAAUACAUUGCCCUGUACCAGAGUCAACGCGCGAUCCUCAAACAGCGCCACAGGGAGAAAGAAGACUACAUCAACCGGCUGGCUCAAGACAAGGAGGACAUGAAGAUGAAGUUACUGGAGCUGCACGAACUGGUGAUGCGCUUGGUGGGCGAGAGGAAUGAUUGGUACACCAAGUACAUGAUGGCAACGCAGACUGGGGAGCCACAGCCCGGGCACGAGAGGGAGGCUGGUGCCCAGACGGAUGGCGUCCUCGACUCGAACGCUUCCAAGGUGGCAGACCUGCGAGAAGUGAGCCUGACGGACAGGCCCGAACUGGAUGCUGUUGCUUCGCAAUCCCACCCAUCCCACAGCGAACCCCAGGGCCCCCAGCCCGCUCCUCGGGACCCCACGGCCCAGCAGAUCCUGCGGCUUCUCCGCGAAAUUCAAAACCCGCAGAAUCGGAUGGGAUCCCUCUCGGAAACCCCGUGCAUCCCGUUUUUCUACCGGGUGGACGAAAACGACGAAGUGAAGCUUCUGGUGGUUUAACCGCGAAGGGACGUUAAGGGCUCCCGAGGGGCCUGGGUGGGGUGGGGUGGCCGGGCUGCUACGAGGGCACGUGCCGGGUGGGCCUGGGUGGGUCAAGCUUUUGUGCUGGCUGCGAAACACACCGUCGUCCAGUAAAGCUCAGAAUUUUACGCCACCCAACAGCCCAUUGGUUCCUCCCGUUCGCGGCUUGCGAAUUUCAUUCUCUCUACCACGGUUGCUUAGCCUCUCCCCCUUUGGGUAUUUCGGCUUUCUUUAGAUCAGAUUUUACGCCCUUCUUCCAAAAUCUUCCUUCCCCUUUUUAACUUGCAUGACCCCAAUCCCACAAACCACCCCACUCUAGCCUCCCCCUCCCAAAAGUUAGCCGGCUGUCUUUCUAGCAAAACGCCAUCUCUCUCUCUCUCUCCCCCCACUUGCCCCAAAUCCUCUCGUUUGGUUAAUAAUGGUCGGAAAGGGCUCUGAGCUCCUGAAGCCAGAUGGUUUUGCGGGGAGGGGAUAAAACCUGCCUUUUUAUUUUUUAAAACUGGAUGUACGGUUACGUUAGGAGGUGGAGGGUUUUAUUUAUUCUUCAAAUUUGCAGAAGGCAAGCUCGGGAAAAAAAGGAAUAGACUUGGGGGAGUCGAUUCCAUCUCUUGCGCGCGGAAUCUCUUUUCUCCCGGGUCAAGCCAAACUUUAUUCCAACCAUCUUAAGAUACUUUGAAAUCUAUUUUGACGGUUGACGGUUUCUCUCCUUUCCAUCUCUGAACGUGGAGCGUGAAGAAAGAAUUCACUUUAUUUGCGAGAGUGUGAAGCAGUGAACCGGUUUGAUUGAAAUUGGUGGUGACUUGGUGUGCUUGGCACAAGAUCCCGUUUUAGAAGGACAAUGGCACGUGUGUAACAAAACGAAAACAAAAAAAUAGGAUUAAGAGGCAGCCCAGCUGACUAGUUUUUAGCCCAGGUUCCUGCUCCUGGGAAAGAGACGCCGGCGAAGUUGCAUUUUGCACAAGUUUUCCUCCUGGGACAGCUUGCUUGGAAAGAAAACCUACCUAAAGCACAGAGGGAAGUUCGAAAACCAAAAGAAACUUCCGCUCCAAUUUUCUAGCAAAACCGCAUGUUGACUACCCACCUUUGCAGGUUGUAAAGCAGAAGACGCGCCCCCAUUAAAAAAAAAAACGACAACACCCACAAAACAGAGACAGUUUUCCACCAUCAGUGUUACUCAUUCCCUCGGUGCAUUAGGUCAGGAGGCUGGUGAAAGUGGGCUGGCAAGCCACCGUUGGCACAAUUGUACAUAUUGUAUCUGUGUAAUAUUUUUGUACAUACCUUGAAUAAUAGUAAUAUUAAAAGAGAGAGAAUAAAGCCCAUGGGCAGCGUUUUUCUGGCUGCCGGAAGGCUACUCUGGUAACCUUGUACGAUAUUUGGAGGGGGGAAAAAAAAGAAAUUAACUUUAGUUGAGGUGGGAAGGGCAAAGCAGAACAGGAAUGUGAUUUACUGUAGAAUAUUAUUCCAUAUUUAUUAGGUGUGGGGUUUCCGGGGAAAACGUGAAAAGCAAAGCAAAAGAAGGAAACAAAGCCGGAGCGAACUCUCGCAUUCUGUUGCUGAGACAAAUUAUAUCCUGUUAUAAAAAAUUUGGUCUUUCUGAAUAAAUCUGUUUCACUUCACUCGC